AUGGGACCCCCCCUGAUGGUGCUGCAGGUGGCGCGUCACCAUCACCACCUGUGCGAGCGCGUGCACGGCCACGAGGACAGGGAGUGCGUGGUGAUGACGGCGCGCGCCAACAAGAUCUUCGACGGCGAGGACAAGUGCCGGCGAGACAGCGGCCUCUCCGAAGAACAAUUGAGGGAGUCCCUCUGCACACUACCUAGUGACCCGGAGAUUCGUGAAAAAGUUGGGAAAUACAGCUUUUGUUCCAUGCUGAAUAGUGGUCAAAUGCUGCCGAACGGGAUGAUUGUGGAGGGGCCGCCGAUGGAUUGCAGUCCUGAGGCUUUGGCUGCCAGCGACGCCCCCGCCGCCGCCACGGCCUCCUCCGAAGAUGCCGACGACGACGACGAGGAGGAGGUCGGCCCCAGGCAGCCCCGACAACCCACGCAAAAAGAACGGCGGGCAGUGUGCAAUAUGAAGGCCGCCAUUUUGGGAUGCGUGCAA